UCUCUCUCUCUUUUUUUUCUCCUAUACAGAAUAUAUAAUAUAAUGCAAUACACUAUACCUGAUCAAAAUCAUGGAACAGUUGCUGAACAUAAUGGAGACAUAAUCAAUGUGGAGAAUAACGAAAGUGAUGUCAAGUCUACUGUGUUGAACAAUAAGAUUCCUCUGUACCCUUCUAUUCAAUUCAAGCCUAUAGAAAACCAAGCAUCAGACUAUGUGAAUACAGCUCCGUCUAAGGAGUUCAACAUGUUUGAAGCUAAAUAUAAUGAGCUGACUCAGUCUAUUGAAACAUACAUUAAAAAGAGCUUAAAUACGAUUGAACAAACCAACGCCUAUGCUACAGCCAAGCGAAUUUAUGACUAUGUCAACAAGAGUUAUUUCAAAGUUGAGACUGGUCUUCCAAGUGAUAUACAGAUCAGCAGUGAUGGUAUAUUUAAGAGUAUCUCUUGGCACCCUCAUCAAGAAAUAUUGGCAGUUGCAGACAGGGCAGAUCGUAUCUAUUUGUACACAAAACAAGAAACAACAUGGAAAUGCCAAGUGCUAGAACAUGUGUUGAUGAAGGAUAUUCGAUGCAUCGAAUGGAAACCAAAGGCAACAGGAACACUUGCAGUUGGAUGUAAAGCAGGUGUUUGUGUAUGGAAUAUUAGCAUUCAUUUGAACUAUAUAUCUAAUACGGGUAUUUGGUAUCACCCUGCUGCUUCUAUGCAACAUCUUGAAUAUCCAGAACAGGAAUGCGUCACUGCCAUAGCUUGGGAUCCUUCACCUGGAAGUCAUUUAUUAGCUAUUGCUUCAUCUGCAUCCAGCGCAUUGAUUAUUCACGACAUGCUGUUGAACAGAACAGUUGCCCUUAAGCGUUAUGGAAAAGGAAAUACAAUAGUAAGAUGGAGUAAUGAUGGUAAAUGGUUAUUUGUGGGAGGAACAGCUGGUGUUUCUCGCAUUUGGUCGAGUGCCACUUGGGCAUCAAAGCAACUAAAGAAUCCGCCUGGUCUAUGGGUUCAAGCAGCAUGUUGGUUGCCUGAUAAUAUGACAUUAUUGUAUUCAAUGAAGAGUAAAAAUGAUAUUCAUGCCUUAUGUCUAUCUGGGCCCACAUUCAAACAAGAUGUAUGGGAUAUUAAAAUGAUCACCGUUCAUUCAGCAGCAAUAUCUGAUAGUGCUUCUCAUACUGGAAACACUAUUCAAGAUAUAGCCAUUGACCGUAGAUAUGGACAACGAAUAGCUGUCUUUUUUGAAAACUCACCCAUCAUCAAUCUGUACAAUGUUCAACUUUCUCCUCUAAACAUACGAGAAAGAAAAGCAUUUCAUCAGAUUGGAUACAUACGUGGAGCACAAGUAGAAUAUGGAAACAAAGGAUCUAUUCAUGUGUCUGCCUUAAAGAACGAAACAAAGCCUCUACAUAUCUCUUUCUCAUCGUUUUAUAAACAAGGAGCUGUAUUGGCUAUAGCAUGGGAUAACGGUGUCAUUACGUUCGUUACCCAUAACUUGAAGAUUACACUUGCUAAUUUAUGUUAAAUAAAAAGG